AUGAAAGGAAUUAAGCCGGCAGUUGAACCCACAGAAGAAAGCAUUCCGAGGAGAAGAAAUGGAUUGACAUCAGAGGACGAGCGUCAAGGAUCAUGCAGUAUGUUGAAGACAUUCUCAUGUCCAGAACUGCGCGGCUGUGUUAUCCACAGUGUGGAGGCACCUGAAGGAACAUUGCGUGCAUGAACAGCGUUGCCCUGCCAGAAGAGCAGCCUCCUGGGUGAAGCAAAAAGCUCUCCCUGUGACCUCAACGAUCACCAGGCAAAUUCUGUCAUCCCCAAGGCCCCUGAAGGAGCUCUGCUGACCUAAAUGUGGAAAUUUGACUUGCAUCUGCAAUGUCAAUGCCAAAAUUCCUUGCUCUCUGGCCUUCAAAUUAUGGAAACUGGUUUUAGGCCACUGAACAGCAAGUGGUAUGAAUGCAAAAACUUGUGCAGACACCUUUCUACUUCCAAACUUGAUUUGACUGUUCUCCAGGAGAUUUGUGUUCAAGGUUGUGCUCAAAUUAGGGACACAGGUGAUUAGUGCUGGAAAUAUACACUCCUCAAACAAAAUUCACCCCUCACUGAUAAACCCCUUUAAUGUAGGUUUGCAACAAAGCAUUCGAAUAAAAAAACAAGAUGUUAAUCCAUAUGAGAGUACAUUACGGGGGAGAAACCUUACCGUUGUAAAAUGUUGAUAAAAGCUUUAGUGAUCCUUCCAAUUUAGGGGAGAACAUCAACGCAAUCAUGUGAACUCGUUUCAAAACCGGACCAUCUUAAAAAACACAAAUGUAAUAUCUGUUGACCUGCGCUUUUCACUUCCAACAUUCAAUCUAAGGCACACCAACGUAUCAUAACAAUGAAUUUCCAUUUAAAUGUAAUGAAUGUGAUAAAGUAUUUAAUAGACAUUUGCAGUUUGCACUGAUCAUGUUAAUCGUGUACAUCAGGAAGGAAAAAGAUUGGAAGUGUCAUGUUGUUGGAAAAAUAUUCUCACGUCCUGUGUUCUGGCUAGCACCUUCGCUUACAGAAUGUGAUGGUGUUUGGAAAACAAUUCAAAAAGCAAACCAACUAUUUUGGAAUCAAAAAUAUGUUGAUAAGGACAUUUUUACGUCCUUGGAACUUAGAAGGCAAUGUAUGUGAACCUGAAGAAGAAUCUCCUUUUUUUUGUGGCCUGUGUGAUGAGACCAUUUAUGCAAAAAUCUUAGUUUAAUAGAGCAUUUUCAGCAACAUAGAAAAAAUGAAGUUUGCAAGUUGAAUUGCAGUUGUUUAAUUUAUAUGUAAACAGAUUUGUGUUGCCUUGUCCUAAAUUCUAAAAUUCUGUGUUUUGUUUAAUGAACAAUAUUUACAUUGCUUCACCAGCUGCCAAAACUUUGUUAUAAAUAUUCUUUCCUUUUUGCUUAUUUGUAAUUAUUCUUUGUUGGUAAUAUUAUUAAAAGUAUCAGAAGAUUUUAGAAAUAUUUCCUAAAUAACUCCUGAUUGGGUAUUUAAAGUCUUUACUUUUUACAAUUGAAAUAAAUUCUUAUUGGCAUCAAAUUUUUUUUUGUUAAAACUGGAAACGUUUUAUUGCUUAGUGAGUAAAGCGAGAUUUCAGUGACGGAGAGACCUACUUCCCUUUCAGUUUGUUUGCUUUCUCUCCUGCAGCGGCGGGGGCUAUGUUGCUCGCUCGAAAACUACAUUAUUCGAGCGCUUAGAAAAGCCCCAUCUAGUAUUUGUGAAACCCAGGUAAAAACUUCAACGAAGGCAGACUACACCGGAGACGGAAAGCUGCCGUGUGAGGUUGCCAUCGCACUAGAAAUAGCUGUCAAUGUUUCGAAGUGCCUUUAUGCUGCACCAGCC